AUGAAGUUCGCUGAAUAGGGAAUUGAAUGUUUGGACAUAUUUUAAACUUUAUUUUGUCAAAAUUCUUCUCUUUAAAUUGGUACUAGACAAUAAAAUAUAUUGUUAUUCAAUAAUGGAUAAACAUAACAGUUCAGAACUAUUAAGUUCCGACUUUUCGCUAUCCAAGAAUGCAAGUUCUGAUUCAUUGGAUUCUGAUUCUAAAUCAAGUUCAUUGAAUUCUAAACACGGACAGGACUCCCCCCAUGUCCUCGGAGAUAUACAGCUGUUGGAUGGUGAAAAGGUUACAAGUGUAGCUCGUGAUGUAACUUAUUUGUGCCCAUACAGUGGACCAACGAGGGGAGUCCUGAAAGUGACAAACUAUCAACUUCACUUUAGACCAACUGAUCCUAGUGCUACUCUAGGUACAUUGAGUGUGCCACUGGGGGUUGUUUCUCGAAUUGAAAAAGUUGGUGGUGCUUCUUCCAAAGGUGAAAACUCAUAUGGAAUAGAAAUUUUUUGUAAGGAUAUGAGGAACUUAAGAUUUGCACACAGACAAGAGAAUCAUUCACGUCGUGGUAUAUUUGAAAAACUGCAGCAGCUAGCUUUUCCUCUGUCACACCGACUUCCGAUGUUUGCAUUCAGUUAUUCUGAAAGUUUCCCUGAAGAUGGUUGGCAUGUGUAUGAACCCAUUGCUGAGCUGAGACGAAUGGGUGUAAGCAAUGACAUGUGGCGCAUAACACGAAUAAACGAUAAGUAUGAAGUGUGUGAUAGCUAUCCGUCUAUAUGGGCAGUCCCUUCUGCAGCUGAUGAUGAUUUACUACGAUCAGUGGCAACAUUUAGAUCACGUGGCCGCAUUCCUGUACUAUCCUGGAUUCAUCCUAACUCCCAAGCUACAAUAACCAGGUGCAGUCAACCGUUAGUUGGGGUAAGCGGCAAGCGAAGUCGUGAAGAUGAAAGGUACAUUCAACUAAUUAUGGAUGCAAAUGCCCAGGCUCAUAAACUUUUCAUCAUGGAUGCUCGUCCCACUGCUAAUGCUGUCGCCAAUAAAGCCAAAGGAGGAGGUUACGAGUCUGAAGACGCGUAUCAGAAUGCGGAUCUGGUGUUCUUGGACAUUCAUAACAUUCACGUCAUGAGAGAAAGCUUACGGAAACUAAAGGAAUUAUGCUUUCCACAGAUUGAUCAAUCCAAAUGGUUCAGCGGAAUAGAAGCCAGCUGUUGGCUGAAGCACAUCAAAUGUAUUCUGGCUGGUGCUGUCCGUAUUGUUGAUAAGGUUGAGAAUCAUAAGACGUCGGUGCUCGUGCAUUGUUCGGAUGGCUGGGACCGCACGGCUCAACUGACGGCGCUGUCGAUGUUAAUGCUCGACCCUUACUACAGAACACUUCGAGGAUUCCAAGUUCUAAUAGAAAAGGAGUGGUUAUCUUUUGGACAUAAAUUUCAAUUGCGCAUCGGGCACGGCGACGAGCGACACUCGGACGCGGACCGCUCGCCCGUGUUCGUGCAGUGGGUGGACUGCGUGUGGCAGCUGCAGCAGCAGUUCCCGACGGCGUUCGAAUUCACAGAACGACUCCUAAUAACUAUAGUCGAUCACCUAUAUUCGUGUCGCUUCGGAACCUUCCUGUUCAAUACUGAACGGGAAAGGGUAAAGGAAGAAGUGAAGACUAAGACCGUAUCUCUAUGGUCUUAUAUAAAUAGUCGUCAAGAUUUGUAUUUGAAUGCGCUUUACUGGGGCUCGUCGUCCGGCGCCACGUCGCCCUCCUCGCCGUACUCGAGGCCUCCCGUCGUGCUAGUUCCUGUCGCUUCAUUAAGGGUCAUCAAACUGUGGAAAGCGCUGUACUGCAGAUGGAACCCAAUAAUGAGGCAGCAGGAUCCGAUAUACCAAAGAUCACGUGAGCUGGUGGCUCUCCGCGCGCAGCUGGAGGCGGCGGUGGCGGCGGCCGCCGGGGACCACGCCGCCAAGCAACACCGCCGCGGCCUCACGCCGCCCAGGGUCGCCAGCCCGCACCAUGUCUGAACACCACAGGAACCCCACCGGACCCCGCGCACAUCUUAAGAUAUUCUAGAAAAAUCCUAACGUCCAGAAGGUAACCUGCGGAUGAAAUUUCUUAAACACCUCUAGAUUACGAAAGAAUGCCAGGAUACUUCUAUUAAAAUUUAUACAAAUAUCCUUGCCACAUAGUUUUGUAAAAGCAUAUUUUACAUUUUUAACCUCCUCAGGGACAUUGGCACAUAAUAUGUGUCUAUUAAUUUUAUUUUAAAUUAUCUAUGUUUCAUUCUAUGCUAAAUAGCCACUUAUGUGGGUAUUUUAUUUUAAUGAAUAAUCACUAUAUUUGUUUUUUAGUAACUUUUUUUUU